GGAGCAGCACUGCGCAUGCGCGGAGCGCCACCCUUGUGCCGUGUGCCUGGCCUCCAGUUAGCAAGUCGGCACUUGGGAAGCGCCGCUCUGCCCGAUGGAAAAGCACUAAAUAUCCGCCCACCGGAGCCCGUUGGAAACUCCCGCAAGACUUGGCGGUGCCCCACAAUGCAAAAAGCUUGACUGAAAGGUUAGCGUGAUGGAAGCUAGCAGCAUCAUCGAUGUGCUCAACAAGAAGCUGGCCUUCCUCUCCGGCGGGAAAGAUCGUCGCAGCGGUCUGAUCCUCAGCAUCCCGCUGGGCUGCGACCAGACCAGCAUGGACGAGCUCAGCGACACGCUGGACUAUCUGCUCGGAAUUCCCAGCGAGAAGUGCAAGGCACGAGGCUUCACCGUCAUCGUGGACGGACGGCGCUCGCAGUGGAACACGGUCAAGACGGUGGUGCUCAUGCUGCAGAACGUGAUCCCGGCCGAGGUGUCGCUGGUGUGCGUGGUCAAGCCCGACGAGUUUUGGGACAAGAAGGUCACGCACUUCUGCUUCUGGAAGGAGAAGGACCGGCUGGGCUUCGAGGUGAUCCUGGUUUCGGCCAAUAAGCUGACUCGCUACAUCGAGCCCUCGCAGCUGACCUGCGACUUCGGAGGGACUUUGGACUACGACCACGGCGACUGGCUCGGCAAGAGACUGGUCUUUGAGAAGUUCACCAAGGAGUCCACCUCGCUGCUAGACCAGCUGUCCAUCAUCAACGACAGCGACAAGAGCGCCCCCCUGGACAAGUACGCACUCGUGCGCGCGUGCACGUGCGACCGCGCGCCACUCAUGCGUGUGUAUGUGCGCAGGUCAGCUGAUGUCCUCCUCCCGUCAUUUGACCCGGAGACGGUUCUCCAGACGGGUCACGAGUUGCUGUCGGAACUGCAGCAGCGGCGCUUUGACGUCUCGGAGGGUGGAGGAGGUGGGGGAGGCGGCCAAGGAGCGCCGGCGUGGCGUCCGAUGGAGGAGGAGCUUCUGGCUCAGCCUCAGGUGGUGAAGCUUCUGGACUCGCUGAGGGAGAAGUACACACGCUACCAGGAAGUCUGCCGCCAGCGCAGCAAGCGCUCGCAGAUACACGACGUGCACGCCAAAGUCAUGCAGGUGGUGACAUGGCUGCAGGGUCCGGGCUCGGAGCUGCUGAAGACUCACCGGGCCAUUGGCGACUCCAUGCGGGCGGCGCAGGCGCUGCAGCAGAAGCACGAGGAGAUCGAGAGCCAGCACAGCGAAUGGUUUGCCGUGUACGUGGAGCUGAACCAGCAGAUCGCCGUCCUCCUCGGCGGUGGCGACGAGGACGACGAGGAGGCCGGCGAGCUGAAGGCGCUGCAGCGGCAGCUGAGCGACGUGUGCUACCAGCAGGCGGCGCAGCUGGAGACUCGGCAGAACGUCCUGCAGGCUGCGCACGCAUUCCACGCCGCCGCGCAGGAGCUGUCCCAGCAGCUGGACGCCCUCCUGGGCACGCUCUGCGCCGACGUGGCCCCGGCGGACGGCUCGCAGAUCCAACACGGCCUCAAGCUGCUGGAGGAGAAGCUGCGCAGCGUCGAGGCGGGGCUGGCGUCGCUGCGCCAGAAGGGGGCGCUGCUGCUGGAACGCACCUGCGCCGACGAGGGCGAGGUGGCAGAUGAGCAGCGGGACAACGUGGGGCAGAUCCGCGACGUCAUGGACGACAUGCAAAUGAGGAAACAGAGGUGCGAGGACAUGGUGGACGUGCGGCGUCUGAAGAUGCUGCAGAUGGUUCAGCUGUUCAAAUGCGAAGAAGACGCCUCACAGGCUGUGGAUUGGCUGUGUGAGCUGCUGGACGCGCUGCUGAAGACGCACGUGCGACUCGGGGACGACGCCCGCGACACCAAAGCCUUGAUGGACAAACACAGGAAGUUUGUGGACGUGGCGCAGAGCACCUACGACUACGGACGGCAGCUGCUGCAGGCCACGGUGGUGCUGUGCCAGUCGCUGCGCUGCGCCGCCCGCUCCUCCGGCGACACGCUGCCCCGACUCAACCGCGUGUGGAAGCAGUUUGCCGUCAGCGCCGACGAGCGACAGCAUCGGCUGCAGCUCGCCCUGGCCUUCCACCGGCGCGCCGACGCGGUCAGCCAAUGCAAAGCUGCUGCUUUCUGUCCGUCCGUCUUUGCUCCAAUACUCACCCAAAUGGGCCGCGCGUUUCAGGUGUUGGAGGACGAGCGCGCCGAGGCCGAGUCUCUGGACGAGGCGGACGCUUCAGCCAAAGCUCUGCUGGACAGACUCGGCAUGCCCGUCAUCUUCCCCGAUGGGAGCGAGCAACGUUUCGGCAGCUCGGGCAGCGACGCGGCGGCGGCCGAGCGCGUGCGAGAGCGCCUCCUGCUGGUGGAGGAGCGUCGGCUGCAGCUUCAGGAGGCGGAGGUGGGCGGCGAGCCCCGCCCGCACGACGAGUCGCUUCACGCCACCCUCGACGUCAUCGGCGAGGAGCCGGGAGAGAAGGAGGCUGAGGACGAGGAGCAAGAGGAGCAAGAGGAGCAAGAGGAGGCCGACUCCCGGGAGGAGGACAUGCUCCAAUGCUGAGAGAAUUGUUGGGCCUGCCUGGCUGGCUGUGGCUAACGGUUGCAUUGCUUUUUUUCUAACAUAACGUGGGGAUUGGAGACAUUUUUCCCAGCAUGCUCCUGGUUCCCGCCCCGCCCCUCCUGUGCUCGCCAAAACCAAAUAAUUUAUUUCACAUUUUCUUUUUCCCAAGAAAACGCUUCCACCAUCCAUGCCUCCUCUCCCCAAUUAAAUGUCCAUGACAUCGUCCAAAUAAACUUUUUCAAGUUUCAAA